CUUUCUCUUCUCCUAAUUUUAAACUAGCAAAUUUCAAGCCUCGAACUUUUUUUUUAAUCCCGUGAUAUAUAUCUCGCACGUUACCUUCGCUAUUAAUCAGCGCAAGGGCUUUUUUUAAUCUCGUAUAGGUUGAAUUUCUAAGUGGUGGUUUUGGUUUCUGCUCAAUCAAUGGACCGAAGAUCGUUGGUUCGUGUUGGAUCAUUGUUUCUCCUUUUGUUUACGGCUUUGCCAUCUUCGAGGGCUUUGAUUUCGUCUCCUGAAGCCAAUCCUCCCUACCCUAAAGCCAUCUCUGAUUUGAAAGAAGCGAUUGUGAAGGGACUUGGGUUCCAUUCCGAUGAGGUCAAGAUUUCUGGGUUUGAUGUCAGGGAUGCUCUGGUGGGGCAUGCUGUUUCGUAUGAAUUUGACCUUGAAAUCGAUGAUAUGGUGCUUCCCGUCAAGCUUCUUGAGGAUGUGAACCGAUGGGAGUAUGUGGACCUGCCGAUUUUCCGGGCGGCGGAACCAUCUGGACUCGGAAAGAAGAAUGGCUUAGCGGAGAUGAGGAAAUCAGGUGAUGUUUUGCCGGUUUUGGCUCCGUUUCAGCUGGCUGGCCCUAUGGAACUAUGGAUCCAGGAUGCCAAUGAUAUGCGCAUUUCGCUGCCCUAUGAUGUGGAUGCUGGUGUUUUGAAGAAAGUGAUUUUAGCAGAUGGGGCUGUGGUCACAGUCAAAGGUGCCAGAUCAGCCAGUUUGCGCCAUCCUAUCGAUCUUCCGCUUCCCCUGAAUCAGACGAGCAAUGAAUUUGCCUCGGGGCUUAUGUCUUUAGCUGAACAGCUUCGCCAUUCUUCCCGUGUUAAGAGCUCUCCUCUCCUCUCCCUCCGCAUCGUUGGCCCUACUUCACUUGCUUCCCCUUCUCCAUCAUCAUCUUCUUCUUCUUCAGACAGCAAACUCAAGCUGAAGAGGAUUGCUCCUGGACUUGUGGAACUAUCCUCCAUGUCGAAAGACCAAAGCAAGCUAUCACCAGUCGAAGUUAAUGAUGGAGCUACUGCCCUUUUGACCCCGAAGCAUUUCACAACCACCAUGUGGCCCAUCGCUUCCAUCAAUGGCUCAAACCCCAACUUGCGCGGCUUUGAGAAGCUGCUGACCUCUGUCUUGGGCCCCAAGGCACAGAAAGAGGGCACCUUCAAGUUGCUGAAGGCGGAUGUCUCGGCACAAACGUUUCUGAAGAUUGGUUUUGGCGUGGAAAAGAAUCUGAAGGAAGGAGAUCUGGAGGGGAUCCCAGAGUGGAGAACAAAGCCCGAGAAAAUGAGGAUGCAUUUCGAGGUUCUUGCAAAGGUGGAAGGAGAGAAGGUUACUCCUGAGAGCGUGACUCAGGUUGAACCGGUCGCCUUGGAGGAUACGGUCGCUCGAAACGUGGUGAUGGGGAAUGCCACCAUGUCUAAACUUCCCAUCAUUCAACCUCCUCCAAGCCCCUUCACGUUGUGAAGCCGAUAGAUACAGCUCAUGAUCCUUAAUAUGCAUUUUUUUUUCUUUUGGUGGAAUGGUACAUAGUGUGUGUUGCCUAUCUGGACUGGGUUUAUCAGAUGGGUAUUUGGGGACGAAUACACAAGCAUAGUGUCAACACUGUACUGCACGUUUUACCCGUUUUCUGAUAAAGUCUGAUCCUUUCCUGAAAA